GAAGUCUGUUCCUCAGUCUCUUAGCAUGUCUGGUCGCGGCAAGGGCGGGAAGGGCCUGGGCAAAGGCGGCGCCAAGCGCCACCGCAAGGUGCUGCGCGACAACAUCCAGGGCAUCACCAAGCCCGCCAUCCGCCGCCUGGCCCGGCGCGGAGGCGUGAAGCGCAUCUCCGGCCUCAUCUACGAGGAGACCCGCGGGGUGCUGAAGGUGUUCCUGGAGAACGUGAUCCGCGACGCCGUCACCUACACGGAGCACGCCAAGCGCAAGACGGUCACCGCCAUGGACGUGGUGUACGCGCUCAAGCGCCAGGGUUUUAAGGCGCCCUCUGCUCUCCGGAUUAGAGUUGGACAGACAGCGAUGGCUCGCACGAAGCAGACGGCCCGCAAGUCCACCGGCGGCAAGGCCCCGCGCAAGCAGCUGGCCACCAAGGCUGCCCGCAAGAGCGCGCCGGCCACGGGCGGCGUGAAGAAGCCGCACCGCUACCGGCCCGGCACCGUGGCGCUGCGCGAGAUCCGGCGCUACCAGAAGUCCACGGAGCUGCUGAUCCGCAAGCUGCCGUUCCAGCGCCUGGUGCGCGAGAUCGCGCAGGACUUCAAGACCGACCUGCGCUUCCAGAGCUCGGCCGUCAUGGCACUGCAGGAGGCGAGCGAGGCCUACCUGGUGGGCCUGUUCGAGGACACCAACCUCGCUGUUCUUGCGAGUAUGUCCGGUCGCGGCAAGGGCGGGAAGGGCCUGGGCAAAGGCGGCGCCAAGCGCCACCGCAAGGUGCUGCGCGACAACAUCCAGGGCAUCACCAAGCCCGCCAUCCGCCGCCUGGCCCGGCGCGGAGGCGUGAAGCGCAUCUCCGGCCUCAUCUACGAGGAGACCCGCGGGGUGCUGAAGGUGUUCCUGGAGAACGUGAUCCGCGACGCCGUCACCUACACGGAGCACGCCAAGCGCAAGACCGUCACCGCCAUGGACGUGGUCUACGCGCUCAAGCGCCAGGGCCGCACGCUCUACGGCUUCGGCGGCUAAACUUCGCCACCUUUUCCCCCUAAAGCAAAAGGCCCUUUUCAGGGCC